CGCGCACUCUGCACGCCCUCUGAGCGUGAACAGGAACCGGUACGUCAUCACGCGUCAUCUGCACCAUGGCGACGGAGACGCUGAGAGCAUUUGUGUGCAGUUUCUCCGUCAUAGUCCUGUUCAAACUAAACGUUUUUUUCUGCCAGCAGUUCUCUAUAUCUUUUCAGCAGCCUUCGGAUUGUGGUGUGGACAGUUAUUUUGAUAUUUCGAGAUUGUCUUGUGUGAAAUGCGGGCCGAAUCAAGUCAGCAGCAAAUCAGGACUGGCAUGUGAGUGUCAGACUGGUUUCAGGGUGCUGGUCAGCAACGGGGCGUCCAUCACGUGCCAGCAGUGUCCUGAUGCUAAUCAGGGGGUCACCCAGGAUGGGUAUGGGUGUGUCAGUUGUUCUGGAAGUGUAGGGGAGAAUGGCAAGUGUCAGUGUCCUAAGGGAAGUGUGUUGGUGGAAAGAGAUGGGAACGGGAAUCCAUUAAAUGAAUCACGAUGUGAAGCAUGUAAUGCAACAGAGCCCGCAUUUUCUGCCCCAGAUACAACAGGCAACAGGUGUGUAAGAUGUGAGGACUCCUUCAUCAACUCAUCUCAGUCUUGUGUUUGUGGUAUUUCAAAUGUACAGGCAGGUGGGAUGUGCUUCCCUUCAAAUGGUCUACCUACCUCAGUUGUCCCAAAUGUCAUCUUUAGCCAACUGGCCAACUCUGUCCUAUCGGCAUGGUUUUCAAACUUCAUGUAUUCUUCAGCAGCUGCCUGUUUGUUGUUCUCCAACCGGACAGCAUGUCAGUCUCUGGGCAACAUGUGUGUGAUGAACAUGCACUCCUUUAGCACAAUCAACAAUGAUGCCUGUGGCCUCUACAACACAGUCUACAGAACAACAGCUGCUCAGGGCAGCAGCCAGGAUGUCUCCUACUGGAGGGCAAACCUGCCUUGGCUUUACUAUGGAGACCAGCUUGGGUUGGCAUCACGGAUUCUACAGAAUGAGCCGCUUCCUGUUGGAUUCAGCUUUAAAGGGACACAAAAGAACACUAACAUCGAGCUGCGGGCUGCUGUUUACUCAGUGCGUGGGGAGUUUUUGAGAUGGGAGAGCGUUGGUGGAGGAAACCUCCAGCUGUGUCCAGACACCCCUACCAGACAACAGUCUGCUUUCACGUUUGGGACAGCCUACAAGCAGAGUUGUGUGCUGUCUGUGUCAGAGCUUCUGAAUAGGUAUCCAGAGCCUGUGUUCUAUGACGUGUUCCUGGUCAUUCAGAAGCCACAGGAGGACACGCGUCUUCUUGCAGUGCCUCUCUUAAAUAUCAACCAGCAGUUUAAUGGCCAGUUCACUAAUGAGGGAUCUAACAUCAAUAACUGGUUACUGACCCGAAGGUUGAUGCUUGUGGACACGUUGAGUGGAAGGCAAAACUCUUUGAGUUCUUCACCUGGGGUCAUACGUGUGGCCUCUAACAUUAAGAUCGGGUUUCGGCUGGUGCCAAAUACACAGAAGGGACAGGUGUACCCCCCUCUGAUGACUGUGACUUACUCAGAUAUACCUGUCACUUACCCCACCACACAGACUGUUACAGUGUCAUUCUCUCUUGAGUAUAUGAUGGACCAGGAAGAAGCUCGGGUCAAAACUGAUAUUGCUCUUGGUGUGCUGGGUGGGGUGGCUGUUGUCCACUCUUUAUUGAAGACAGCAAGCUGGAAAAGAAGAAUUGCAUCUCCUCUCAUUGACCUGCAGACCAUUAUGAAGUUUUUGGUGUUCUAUGCUGGUGACCUGGCAAAUAUUUUCUUCAUCAUCACAGUUGGAACAGGACUCUACUGGCUCAUAUUCUUUAAGGCCCAGCUAUUUGUGUCUGUGUUGCUGCCAUUACCAGCUCAGGAGGAGCGAUUUGUUGUUUAUGUUGGCUGUGCCUUUGCUUUGAAGACUGUACAAUUUCUUCAUAAGCUUUUUGUUCAGCUGUCUGUGGAUAUUUUCUUCAUAGACUGGGAAAGACCUCGUGGUAAAGCCAGUAAACAUGUGGAGGGGUCUGGUGAAGCAAAAAGUCAAGCAUCUCCUGUCAGUAUCUGGAGAACAUAUUUUGUGGCCAAUGAGUGGAAUGAGAUUCAGACGAUUCGCAAGAUCAACCCCACAUUUCAGGUCAUUGCUGUGCUUUUCUUUUUGGAGGUGGUGGGCUUCUCAAAUUUGGCUCUAAGAGACCCCUCAUCCGAACUGCGUCGGUCUCCUGAGGCAUACACUCCGCCAUGCAGCCUCAUACUCCGCUACGGUGUGGCUUCUGCAAUGUGGCUAUGCAUUGGCUUAAUACAGGUGAUAUUCUUCACAGUAGUCCAUGAACGCUUUGUUGAAGACAAAAUUCGCCAGUUUGUGGAUCUGUGCUCAAUCAGCAAUAUCUCAGUGCUGCUGCUGUCUCAUCGAUGUUUUGGCUACUACAUUCAUGGACGUUCUGUUCAUGGUCAUGCUGACACUAACAUGGAUGAGAUGAAUACAAACCUGAAGAGGGAGGCGGAGAAUCUUUGUGGCCAAAGGGGACUUUUGCCGAACUCAGACACUCAGACAUUUCAGAUUUCAAUAACCAACCGCCUGCGAGCACAAUAUGACCGGAUAAUCGAGCCAAUCAGCAGGAGAAGUGGGCCCUCAAGGUUGGUGGAUGCUUCAGCCAAUCCAUGUGAGCAGAGCACAAAAGCUUACCAUACUAUGAACCGAUUUCUGGGCUCUGUCAUUGAUCAUGCACAUCGUGAGAUGGAUUACAUAGUGAAAGAUAAGCUGCUAUUUGAGAGACUUAUUGGUAUGGAGUUUAUAGAGCCACUGGAUAAAAGCAUCUUUUAUAAUGAUGAUUCUCACUCAUUCGCUGAUGUCCUCUUUUAUGGUAAUGAGGCUGUGCUGUUGAUCUUUGACACCCUCUUUUUCUGUGUGGUGGAUCUGGGCAGUCAGAACUUCAUUCUCGCAGCUGUGUUGACAUACCUUCAGCAGCUGGUCUUCAGAUUAAUCCGAAAUGGAAUGGGCCGCAGGAACCUAGCAAGCAAAACUCUGGUUGACAAACGAUUUCUCAUCUAGUUCCUCUGCUUAAUCUAUCUGCUUUCUGUUGUCUUAAUGGUGUUUCUGUUUUAUGCCAUGGCAGCCUUCAGAUUUUUGUAUUGUUUUUGUAUAAAACUUUAUUUGUGCAGGAUUUUUGUACAUUCUAUGCCAAGACAGUUCAGGAUUUGAUGUAUAAAUGUUUUGAUAUUGAAAUAUUUUUAAACAAUUAAAUCUGUUCUUGGUUUUUUUGAGGCCUUUCCUGAGUAAAUUUGAUUCUACAUGGUAUGCUUCAAGUUUUUUAGAAGUUCUUCAGAGCACACAAGUCAGACACAAGUGAUGGCUCGUAAGUGUUCCUCUUGUCAGUUCUAUCUAUGUGGUUCUCUUGGAAGUAAUGUAUGUCUGCAAAUGGUUUUUGAUACUUGUUCAAAAUUAAUUCAUAGGCCCCAGCGAGGAUUGAACUCGCGACCCCUGGUUUACAAGACCAGUGCUCUAACCACUGAGCUAUGGAGCCUCACCUAGUCUUGUGCUGUCCUUAUUGUCCUUAUACAGUCUUUCUGUAUCUCUAAGGGGUGUGUCUGGCACACCAGAAGGGAACACUAGUCACAUGAGCACCUAUGCAGGACAGUCAUACAUCACCGAUAUCAAGUCAAACAUAUCACAAGAAGAGCAAGUUAUGAUAUUUUGAUUAAAGAUCACAAAGUCAAAAAAUUGAUUUGGUGCUCAAGAAACAUUUCUUACUAUUAUCAAUGUUGAAAACAGUUGUGCUGCUUAAUAUUUUGUUUUACAUCGUUUAUACCGUCUCACCAGAUUGGAAAAUGAUUAGUAAUUUCUUUGCUUGGUUGCAACCAAUCUUGUGUCUAUUUUGCUACAUUUGACCUCUUUCAGGAUGGUUGAACACCUGUGAUGUGUCUUAGCUUUCAUUUUUUGUUUACUCACAGUUGAACACUUCAUAUCAGACUUGCUCCGUUCUGGUCUAUUGUAGCACUAGUCAUCUAUAGCUGUAAACUUUUUUUGAUAACUACUCAAAAGUGUCUGUUAGGCCCCAGCGAGAAUUGAACUCGCGACCCCUGGUUUACAAGACCAGUGCUCUAACCACUGAGCUAUGGAGCCUCACCUGUAUUAGUGUUGUCCUUGUUACCAUAUGAAAAGUACAUAUGAAAAACUGCUCAAAGGGUGUGUCCAACAUUUGAUUGUUUGAAGUUCAGGAGGAAUGACAAACAUGUGACUCAUCUGUCACAAAUGAAAUCCUUCUGUCUGCAUAACUUCAUUGUUCAUCCAAUCCUAGUACAUUAUAAUUGUGCUAAACAGAUUAUGAACAAAAAAAUGACAACAGAUGUGGCUUUUUUGCACAUCAAUGUUUUAAUUUUUUCCUAUAUGCCUAUGUUUUUAUAUAUAGGUGCAUCUCAAUAAAUUAGAAUGUCGUGGAAAAGUUCAUUUAUUUCAUAUAAAUUCAGUGCACACAGACUGAAGUAGUUUAAGUCUUUUAAUUGUGAUGAUUUUGGCUCACAUUUAACAAAAACCCACCAAUUCACUAUCUCAACAAAUUAGAAUACUUCAUAAGACCAAUAAAAAAAAAAACAUUUUUAGUGAACUGUUGGCCUUCUGGAAAGUAUGUUCAUUUACUGUAUAUGUACUCAAUACUUGGUAGGGGCUCCUUUUGCUUUAAUUACUGCCUCAAUUCGGCGUGGCAUGGAGGUGAUCAGUUUGUGGCACUGUUGAGGUGGUAUGGAAGCCCAGGUUUCUUUGACAGUGGCCUUCAGCUCAUCUGCAUUUUUUUGGUCUCUUGUUUCUCAUUUUCCUCUUGACAAUACCCUAUAGAUUCUCUAUGGGGUUCAGGUCUGGUGAGUUUGCUGGCCAGUCAAGCACACCAACACCAUGGUCAUUUAACUAACUUUUGGCAGUGUGAACAGGUGCCAAAUCCUGCUGGAAAAUGAAAUCAGCAUCUUUAAAAAGCUGGUCAGCAGAAGGAAGCAUGAAGUGCUCUAAAAUUUCUUGGUAAAUGGGUGCAGUGACUUUGGUUUUCAAAAAACACAAUGGACCAACACCAGCGGAUGACAUUGCACCCCAAAUCAUCACUGACUGUGGAAACUUAACACUGGACUUCAAGCAACUUGGGCUAUGAGCUUCUCCACCCUUCCUCCAGACUUUAGGACGUUGGUUUCCAAAUGAAAUACAAAACUUGCUCUCAUCUGAAAAGAGGACUUUGGACCACUGGGCAACAGUCCAGUUCUUCUUCUCCUUAGCCCAGGUAAGACGCCUCUGACGUUGUCUGGAUCAGGAGUGGCUUAACAAGAGGAAUACGACAACUGUAGCCAAAUUCACGUCUGUGUGUGGUGGCUCUUGAUGCCUUGACCCCAGCCUCAGUCCAUUCCUUGUGAAGUUCACCCAAAUUCUUGAAUCGAUUUUGCUUGACAAUCCUCAUAAGGCUGCGGUUCUCUCGGUUGGUUGUGCAUCUUUUUCUUCCACACUUUUUGCUUUCACUCAACUUUCUGUUAACAUGCUUGGAUACAGCACUCUGUGAACAGCCAGCUUCUUUGGCAAUGAAUGUUUGUGUCUUACCCUCCUUGUGAAGGGUGUCAAUGAUUGUCUUCUGGACAACUGUCAGAUCAGCAGUCUUCCCCAUGAUUGUGUAGCCUAGUGAACCAAACUGAGAGACCAUUUUGAAGGCUCAGGAAACUUUUGCAGGUGUUUUGAGUUGAUUAGCUGAUUGGCAUGUCACCAUAUUCUAAUUUGUUGAGAUGUUUGAUGGGUUUUUGUUAAAUUU